AUGUCUGAUCCAAGCGCUGAACUCCAAUCCGCUCUCCGCAGCCUGUCCAUAGGUGAAAAGGGCCCAGUGCAAGACAUUCCCCGGCCAGACGUGAAAAAACUCUCCACAGCAGGCGUGACUUCACCCCCCAAAUCCAACCACAAGAUACAGCGCAAACCCGUUGCAGACUCCUGGGAAGACGAAGCAGACCUCUCUGCUCCGGAAGGCGAGGACGCCCAGCUCCAUGACGAAGACACUACUGGAGUACUCUCGCCAAUUGUCAGCGCCGAAGGACCGCUAGAUCCCCCACCGACACCUAUUUCUCCGCAGACAUCCGCUCCGUGGAUGGCGAGAGCUGCUUCUCCUGCCUCGGCACAGGGCCCUCCUACCCGUCGUCCGGAGAAGCAGACAGCCGUUGCGGAACGGAUGAUUGCCGGCGCGUUGGGGAUCCGCGCCCCAAAGCGGACUGAGCAGCAGCGCGCUUACGAUCGCUCUGUUAAAGAACAGGAAAUUCGGAGGCGAAAUCGCGAGCGCGAGGAAAAGGCUAAGGCUAAGGAGGAGGAGGAGAAGAUGAAGGCUUCUAUUUGGGACAGUUAG